AGUUCUCCGCCACCCCUGUUCCCCCAUCCUACCCUCCAGCAGGCUCCCCAGUUUCCCAGCACUGUCCUGGGCACCCAGCUCUGGGCCUCCUGCGAAUCUGGGCUAUCAGGUCCCGAGGAGGAAGGGGUUACUCACUGCGCCCUCAUGAUCUCGUGGAUGUCCAGCUCCAAAAGUUCUCUCUCCCUGCCCUCUUCCCAGUGAACAGGCACAUCAUCAUAAAAAGCCCAGUCAACAAAUAGCCUAUGCUGGCCUCCUGCCAGGCCUCAAGGCUGGGUGAGGGAACCCCAGGGGACUAUCCCCAGGGGGUCCUGCCACCCCCACCCCUCGUGGGGUGAGGGGGAUCUGGUCUCCGAACUGGAAACAGACUCACUUCUUGCUUUGAUGGUGGGAAGGAAGCCCUUUCCCAGAAGUGGGGCCUGGGCAUCUGAUAAGGACGCAUUCCAGGCAAUCUGGCUGGGGGGCAGGGCAGAUAAGCCCUGUGGAUAAAGAAAGUGUGAGACCCAGAGAGCGAGGUGGUCAGCACUCGGCGGAGUCCAGUGUUCUCCGCAUCCCCCAGGUCUGCAGGGACCUCAGUGCCAGAGACCUCCUCCCUCUUCUCCAGGAGGGCGUCCUGCCAUGAGGGGGUGGGCCAGCUGAGCCCCUGGGGACCCUGGAAUUUGGCUGGAAGACCGUUCCUCUCCUCCCAUCAGGACAUAUCAGAGGGUACAGGAUCCAGACAGCAAGCACAGUGGUCAGAUUGCAAGGUCUCCAGUCAACAUCCCUCCUCCCCGCUCCUCCCCGUCUUCCCAGAGCCUGGAAGGGCUGUGCUCUGAGACUGCUCUGCCAUGAGCGCCGCGCGCGCGUGCCGGCCGUCUUGGGACUUGGCCCUGGACCCGCUGGUGUCCUGCAAGCUGUGUCUGGGGGAGUACCCCGUGGAGCAGAUGACGACCAUCUCCCAGUGCCAGUGCGUCUUCUGCACCCUGUGCCUGAAACAGUAUGUGGAGCUCUUGAUCAAAGAAGGAUUAGAAACUGCAAUUAGCUGUCCAGAUGCUGCCUGCCCCAAACAGGGCCACCUGCAGGAGAAUGAGAUUGAGUGCAUGGUGGCGGCUGAAAUUAUGCAAAGAUACAAAAAGCUACAGUUUGAAAGAGAGGUGCUCCUGGACCCCUGUCGGACUUGGUGUCCAGCGUCUACCUGCCAGGCAGUGUGCCAGCUCCAGGAGAUGGGGCUGCACACCCCCCAGCUGGUCCAGUGCAAAGCCUGUGACACGGAGUUCUGCUCUGCCUGCAAAGCCAGCUGGCACCCCGGCCAGGGUUGCCCGGAGACCACGCCCAUCACCUUCCUUCCCGGGGAGACCAGCUCCACUUUCAAGCUGGACGAGGAUGAUGCGCCCAUCAAGCGCUGCCCCAAGUGCAAAGUCUACAUUGAGCGGGACGAAGGCUGUGCCCAGAUGAUGUGUAAGAACUGCAAACACGCCUUCUGCUGGUACUGCCUCGAGUCCCUGGAUGACGACUUCCUCCUGAUCCAUUAUGAUAAAGGGCCCUGCAGGAACAAGCUGGGCCACUCCAGGGCGUCUGUCAUCUGGCAUCGGACACAGGUCGUGGGCAUCUUUGCUGGAUUUGGGCUCCUGCUCCUGGUGGCUUCCCCUUUCCUGCUCCUGGCCACUCCGUUUGUACUUUGCUGCAAGUGCAAGUGCAGUAAAGGUGAUGAUGACCCUCUGCCCACCUAGAGAACGGCGCGAUGCUGGAGCAGGACCCCCGCCUGCGGGAAGCGUGGUUCCCCCACCCCACCCCGCUGUCCCCCUCUCACUAAACAUCUCUCUUGCCUUAUGUGCCCCAUUGAGCUUCACAGUGUCACGCCAGGACGCCGUGAUUCCAGGGACUGAUGUCAGGUCGUCGGCCGAGGCCCCAGGUGCGGUCACCCCCGGCAGGGGGGAGGCAAGGCUGGCGUGGGUGGGGCGCGUCACACAGGGUGGGUCUCUGCAGACUCGCCGAGGGAGGUGCCGUGCUGAGCGCCCCCCACCCCGGUGACGUUCUCCCCGUCCCGCUGGACCGGGACCCUCUGAUGUUGCCGAGGGGAUCAUCUCAAGCGGAGUGCAGUCUGUCUCCUCCCUGGCUUCAAGCUGGCACCUCCUCGUGGCUGAGAGAAGUCCUUUAAGGAUCGCGUUUCACUUCAGGCAGAAUCCGAGUGUUCUGACUUGAGAAAAAGCAUUCUGUUUGGGACAACUCUUUUUAUUACUAAUGGCAUUUAGUAAAAUCCUUUUUAGAAGGCUUCCCCCCCACCCCCCAACCAAGUAGUGAAAAAUCAACAUGGUGCAUCGAAACCAUUGUAUGCCUUCUCUUAAGAUGUGCGGUUUUAAGAAGUUAUGAUGAAAUGGCCUUUCUGGCUCGGCCACUUUGCAAGAGAUUUAGGAAGCCUUGUGUACUCUUUGUGUCUUUUCUUUAUGCUCAUGGAGACUUUUUGGAUUGCUGUGCGCUGUAUACUGUUAUCAGCGUGUUUCCUUUAUCACUGAGUUUCUUUUGAACAUACUGAUGCAUUUAAAGGAACAUCUCCACCCUAGGUUCGCCUUUUGUUAUUCUCUCUCUACCGAUUCAGCUCGGAUCGCAGGGCUCCUCUCAUGUCUUCAGAAACCAAAUGUUUUACUUGGUAAUAGUUUUGUUGAGAAUCCCUGUGGUUUGGCCGCAGCGUCAGUCCCCUCAAGCAGACAAAACCAAAUGGAAUAGUGACCCUGAAGUCCAGGGGAAGGGCUUCCUGGCAGGGGGCUGGGGGACAAGCUUCUGGAUGUUCACGGUUUUGACAUGACUGAGUUAUUCUGGAGAAAUCAUCUCUCUUACACAGUUCCAAGUCCUGCUGCUUACCCCUUUGCCCCUGCUGAAAAAAAUCUUCCGCUUCACUUAGUUGUUCUGAUUGAGGGGGUAUUACCACUCGGUCUUUUUACAGCUGUGUGUGACCGUGACCAGGGCAGGUGGAUGCCCAGAUCAAUAACACAUCCCGGGCUCCAUAAGUUAACUUUGGGCAAUGUCUGCUUUACAGACAGUUGGCUUUACUGUGGCUUUCAAAGAGCACAUUGACUUCAUCCAGCUUGGGACUUCUAAAUAUAGUAGGUGAUUGUUGUGGAUUGAUCAUGGUGGAACUUUUUAAAACUUAUUGAGCAUUCCGCGAAAGAGUAAAAUGAAAACGAAGUCUUUUAUUUUUGUUGUUUGCUUGUGUCAGGCACGUUGGUACAGCGUGGUGUUUUGUAUCCUUGACGUCUGCGUUUGUGUAUCCAGCUCAGGUCCUCGAUUACCUUCUCGUAGAGAAAUGACUUUUAUUUGUUAACAUAUAAUCAGCUUAGGAGAAACAGGAUCACUCUUUCCCUCUAGGAUUCAUUUUCUUUUUGAAACUGAAGCCAUUUUAGGGAGCCAGUCUGUGUCAAAAUUAUGUGCAGAACAGCCUCCAUAUAAUUGCAGUUUGAAAACUCACUAAGGAUGAGGACAUGCCCGUGGCCAUCUGCCUGGAUGAAGCCUGGGCGCUGAGUCUCUGCGGCUGAAGGUGAGCUUGGUGGCCCAGGCUCGAGAGCUCACUGCGAUUUGUGAGUGCCCUUUAAAGUUCUCAUGGAAGACAGCAGGCUUGCGGCCCGUGUCCAGUGGCGCACGGGGCAGAGCUUCCCAUCCCAGAUCACCCUGUCUGUACUUGCUGCUCUCCGUCAGGUCCAGGGGUCCAGGCGGUAGUGCCCCUUACUUUGGGGUGGGGACCAGAGCUGUUGGAAACGCUGCCUUUCCUGGGCCAGCGCUCAGGUCCUUUCAUUCCUAGCAGGCUGGGCCGCCUGUUCUCCUGGGGGAGUCCACGGGUAGAUUGUGCACACGCAGAGCCCCUGCCAGCCCUGUGCCUUUAGCCCUGACAGUUCACCGCACAUGGUGCGACCCGGGUAGGACACACCGGGAUUCUGGGGUCCCCUGGGGCCUGAGUCACAUCUGCUUGCUCUGAGUUUUUACAUCAAGCCUGCCUGAGAGUGCUCGGUGUAAUUUAGGAAAAGCAAAAAUAAAGCUGCCUGUUCCCUAGAAAGACACCGGCAGGGUCGCCUUGAGAGCCUUUCGGAGACUUGCAGCAUCACCAUCUGACGCCUCUCCUUUCAGCGAGGAGCACCGUCCCUGUUGUUCAUGGGGACACAGGAUGGACUGGGCCUGAUGUCAGGUGUACACAGGAUGUGGGGAGAUGGCCCGUGUUGUGGUUUCUGACCUUGCCGUCACUCCCAGGAAAGCCUGGGUGUUUGACACUGCGGAUGUGGCUUUAAUCGAAGAUGACCUUUGACAGGUGGUGUUCACACUGACCCUCUGGAAGCACACAUCUGUUGAUUCAUUUAGAGGCCUUUAAUUCUGGGGGGCUGGGGAGGGGAAGAAGAACACGGAGAUGGACUAUGGCUGAGUGCCCCUGGCUGGGUGGGGGCGACGGAGGGUGUGGUGAUCGGAGUCCUUUGGGAAUGGAUGGUGCAGUGAGGUUUCACUGGCCAUGCCUGGGCUCUGAGCCGGGCUCCGCCCUGCGUCCUGUAGCCUGGCCAGCCCAGCUUCACCAUUGUCACCGGGGACCAGCGCCUUCAGGGGCAUCGUUGUAGAUGGUGACUCAGCAGAGACCAACCCAGGACCUGAGCAUAAAGAGAACCUUUGAAGGCCCGAAUGCUGACCCAUCAGUGUUUCCUUCACCCCUGGGAGAAGCUAAGGAAUGAAGUCUGCCCCUUCUGGAAUCUUUUUAAAGGGGAACAGAUUCUCUUUACAGCAUAAUGUUUCUUAAAACCGGUUUAAGAACCAGACAAAUUCCUGAUGAGCACAUAGGACCCGGGGAAAGGGGCUUAUCAGAUAUGCAGAAAUUACUCCAAGAUUAUUUCAUCUUUCUCACCUGUGUUCCAAAAGUUAAAAGUUAUUUUUCAAAUUAGAAGAGAGUGUUUUCCCUUGGUUGUGUUUAAAAAUGAGAGUACUGGAAAGAACCAGGGUGGGCUUUUUUUUUUUUGGUCUAUUUCUCAGAUUCUCGUUGAUUAAUAAAUACCUGUCUAUGUAUAUAUAAAUCACAGUGAAAUCAUCAAGGGAAAACAUUUUGCAUGUAUAAAGCUUCCUGAAGGUCUCUUUCAAAAAUACCAAAGCUUGUUUAUUCCUUAUCAUUAACCCAAGCCCUUAUGAAAGUAAACAAAAUGAAGAGUUGUGACUGGUGUUGUCAAAAUUGCCAGCUGGAAAGAAGGGGGUGCAUGAAAGCAGAAUGACUGAUGCGUCCCGACCCGGAGAGCCUGCUGUUUGGGGGCGCCAAGCCCAUGCUCGCCCCUCCUUAGUUUGCACAAUCCUGUCUUCCGAGAUUCCAGCAGCCUUCAGGGAGGGGUAGGUACCCGACCUUUCCCUCAUCUCAUUUUACCGUGGGUGUAUUCUACUCUUGUGUAAAAACAUGCAUGAAUGAGUCAUGCACAUGUAUACAUUAUGUAUUUGACAAGUGGUGGUAAAAACAAACAAACAAACAAAAAAACCAAAACAAGUUUGGUUUGUGAUUUUGAAAUGUCAGUACAUUUUGUGCCACUCACACUGUGAUGUAUAAAAGAGCUGUUUGAACGCCUUUUAAUGUCGUGUUUUGUACUUUGGAAUCAUAUAGACAAGUUUGAUUUGUAAUUUCAAUACAUAUUUUAAGUGUAUUGUGUCUUAUGUAGUUUGUCCCCUACCCCUUUAGAAGGGAUUUCUUUUUAAAGAUAUUUUGGCUGGAAUACAGGUUACUUUUGUAAA